AUGGAUCAAGAGUUCAUUGCCAGAUUUGCAAAGUAUGCCAACGAGACCCAAAUGAGGAUUCUUUUGAGUAAAUUGAACACCGAUACCCCUCUGACGGAAAUUGUUCUGUGGGAAGCAGCUCGUAAUGAAGAGGGUGCUGGUGCAAUGCGUCAAAUCCUUCGUCGACAGGAACACCGGGCUCAAGUCAACGAGGAUGUUCUCACUGAGGUGGCAUUUGAGACAUCUUGCAGUCAUGCGCUUGAAAUGAUGGAAAUUCUACUUGAUGAGCAGCAAGCUGGAUUUAUCGUCACUCACAAGAUAUUAUGCAAAGCAGCCUCUCUUCAUGAGAAAGAUGUCUUUGAGAUACUGAUGAACAAUGGAGGCUUGCAGAUCCCAAUCAUUGAAAAAUUAAUUCUCUGUGCCGUGGAGGCCAACAAUGAUGAUGUUGUAUCUUUUCUAUUGGAUCUUGAGGAAAAGACCCAGAUUGAUCCUCUACCUAUCACGGAGUGGGUUUUGUUACCUGCUAUGAGAAACUUGAAGCCUGCCACUCUGAAGGCCAUCUUACAUAGACGGCCAUUCACUCAAGUCAGUCAAGUCAGUGACAAAAUGUUUGUUAAAUCAUGUUACAACAAAUCGGCAGGGACGCUUUUGCUUCUACUUGAACCACCACACAAUCAAUUGCCCGUCAUGGAAAUGAUACAAGCGUUGAAAUAUCAUAUGAGAGGAUCAGGCUCGCUUGGUCAGACGGCCACCAGAAAAGUCCAAGCGCUUAUGGAUGAAAUGGUCAUCAAGGCUGAUCAAGAACUCCUGGAAGAUUUUGCAGACAAUACCUACACAUUGGAAUUCUUGCUGCAGAGGAAUUCCACAAUAUGCAUCACGGAACAAGCCGUGAUCCGCGCAGCAGCCCACCGGGAUGCACUAGCCAUUCUGCUUGAUAAGCGACUGGAGGAUAUUCCAAUGUCAAAGGGGGUCAUGGUAGCGAUAGUGGAGAAAGCGGCAUGCUCAGGUCAUUUUGCAGGUUUACGACAGAUCCUCACGCAUUUUGGUUCGACGGUACCAAUUACAGAGAAGGUUUUGGUGGCAGCAUCAGCUACCUUGGAUACUCUACAACUUCUUCUCCAAAGCCCAGGUCUCAAUAUACCUCUCCCUCUACCUGAGAAAGUGGUUGCAAAUGCCACUAUGGAGUAA